AUGACCUGCACUGGGCUGGUGGAGCAGAGGACACUGAAGAUGCUCAUGCGUGUGAGGUCACCCCCCAGCACCGUCUCUGUUGUCCUGGCAGAAGCCGGCUGCAGGAGCAAAGCUUGGUGUCCCGCCCUUUCCCAGAUGUUAUUGACAGGUGAAGUGGUGGACACUCGGGGUCAGUCACCUGCCUGGUGUCUCACAGCUGACCCACGACACGACCAGAAGCUGACUCUGAUCAGUUGGACGGUGGAGCCCCUGCUUCAUACUGCGGGACAAGCUGUCUGGUGUGAAGUUUGGGAGAAGGUCAGAUCACAGAGUGCCAUCCCCGUCAUCCAAAAGGCUGACCCUCACCUGGCCGAGUCGGAGCCCAGCACGCUGGGCUUUGAAGAACACGGACGAAGCUGUGAGAAAGCCUUCUUCUGCCCUUGGGUCAGGCCCUGUCAACACCUCACCCAUGUCCUCAGGGCAACCGGGGGGCUGGAAGGUGCAGCGACUAUUAAUGAACUCAUGGUUCCAGAAAUACGUGGAGAGCUGCCUCUCGGGCACUGUGCCAGACACCGUGAUACAGCCGGGGCGGGAGGGGAGCCAGACCUGGCCAGGGUUCCACUGCCUAGUGGGACAAGGAGCCGUUGUUUAAUGUGGGGCGUGGCCGUCACCGUGCCUGAAGUGACAGGGAGCUUCCAUACGGACAGGGCAGCUGGGGAGGUGGCCUCUCUGAGGAAUGGUGGGUAG